AAGAUGCUUGAAGAUUUUGGACUAACUCAGAAGAUUCUCGCCUUCAAUGGUGACAAUUCCACAUCCAAUGACACACAGACAACAAAACUCGACCAAUUGCCCAACUCAUUUGCCAAAGAAAAUCGUGCCCGCUGCUUCAAUCACACACUCCAACUU